AUGUAUACACAGGAUAGUGUGAUUGACUUAACCCUUAGAGUCUCGAAUUUGUUGGAUGCUCACACACAAAGAUGGAAUGAAUGCCUAUUACGUCAAAACUUUUUGCCAGAAGAUGUGACAAGGGUAAUGCAAAUUAAACCGGCCAUAAUAGGUCAUAUAUGUUCGUGUGGGGCUUUUCUAGAGAUGGUCAAUACUUGUCACAAAGUGGCUACCGGUUUCUGGAUUCACAAUGGGAUUUACAAACCCCCCAAAUUUACACUAUGCCUCCAAUUGAGAAAAAGCUGUGGGAAAAUCGCUGGAAAAUUCAGACUCCACCAAAGCUCAAAAACUUCAUGUGGAAGGCUUUAUCAGGUGCUCUUACUGUUAAGGAGAGAUUACAAUCAAGGAACAUUCUGGUUGAUGGCACAUGCAGUAUGUACGGUGAUGGAAUGGAGACAAUAUGCCAUGUCUUAUUUGGAUGCAGGAAUACGAAAACAGUCUGAAAAAUAUCAGGAUUUCCUCUACCAUUGUUUGGCUUCUCACCUACUUCGCUUUGGAAUAGCCGCAACACCUUGGUUUUUUAGAACAUCAAAUGUCAACCGACAUAGAUUAUCGCCAAAGCUCUAG